AUGGUAUCCCAGGUUGAGUAUGUUGGACAAAUCGUCCGCGGUGAGGUCCCGAUAGUCUGGAUCUCCGUGGCCUUGGUGGUCCUGGCCUACUUGAUCCUCCCCAACCCAACCUACCGCACCAAUGUCAAAGUCCCGACGGUAAGAUAUCUGGGAGGCUGGAUACCUGACCAGGUGGACCGUCUGUUCUUCAAUACCAAGGCAGCCUCGGUGAUCUAUGACGGUUAUAAGCAAUACAAGAAGAAGGCAUAUAAGGUGCUGAAAGCCGAUGGCGAUCUCGUGGUCCUCUCCACCCGGUACGCCGAGGAGCUACGGCAAUUGCCUGCAUCGACUCUAAAUGCCCUCGAGGCCACCUUUACAGAUCAUGUCGGCGAUUACACGACCAUUCUUACCGACAGCCACCUGCACACUGAGACCAUCCAAAAGCGGUUGACCCCGGCAAUCGGCCGACUAAUCCCUCGUAUUAUCUCUGAGCUUGACCACGCGUACGAGGUGGAAUUUCCCGAGUGUGACGGCAAGUGGGUGGCAAUCAACCCAUACGAAGUCUUCUUGCGUCUCGUAGCCAGGGUGGGUGCUCGCGUCUUCAUCGGAGAGACCCUGUGCCGGGAUGAACAAUGGCUGAGGGCCUCGAUUGACUACACCAAGAACAUCUUCGUGACCAUUGGGCUGUUGCGGCCAGUUCCUGGAUUUCUCCAUCCCGUGGUCGGGCGAGUCUUACCCAGCAGUCGGAGUUUGAAUCAUCAGCUUGCCUAUAUCAAGAAUGAAUUCCUAGGUCCUCUCAUCGAGCAGCGCCGGGCGAUGGAAUCGUCAGGGGACCCCAAUUAUGAAAAACCUGACGAUUUUUUGCAGUGGAUGAUGGACCUCGCCAAGACAGAGCAGGAGUCACAUCCACAUAACCUGGCUCAGCGACUUCUCGGAAUCACCAGCAUGGCGGUUGUCCACACGAGCGCCAUGAGUCUCACGCAUGUUCUAUACGACCUGCUGGUCAUGCCACAAUGGCUCCAGCCUCUCCGCGACGAGAUCCAGCAGGUCAACCCCGAUUGGCACAGCACCACGCAGGCCCACCUCCUUGGGCUUAAGGGCAUGGACAGCUUUUUGAAGGAAUCGCAACGAUUCAAUCCUCCCGGGGAGCUCUCUUUUCACCGUGUCGUUAAGCAUGAUUUGACCCUUUCAGAUGGUCUAUUCCUCCCCAACGGCACGCACAUUUGCAUGGCGGCGGGACCCAUCUCGCGGGAUCCCGAUGUGAUGUCGGACCCGGACGCGUUCGAUGCCUUCCGCUUCGUCAAGGAGAAUCGACCAACCUCGGGCUUCGUCAGCACCGGCGUCAGCAAUAUGCAUUUCGGGCUUGGCCGCUAUGCCUGUCCCGGCCGGUUCUUCGCCGCCUUCGUCAUGAAGGCCAUCCUUAGCCGAUUCAUCGCCGACUAUGACUUCCGAUUUGCUCCUGAUCAGAAGGAACGACCCAAGAACAUGGUGAUCGGGGACAAGAUUGUCCCGAAUGUGUCCACGCCGAUCUUCAUUAGGAAAAGAACCACAUCACGACCCCUUUGA